CAGUUUUGUUUGAAGCGUCAACACGUGCGGUAGUCACUCGUCCUUGGUCCUGCUACCCGAAUUUUGUCCAACUUUUGUGAAAGGACUCGCUGACUUUCGCGUAGCGCGAAAUAAAUAUUCUUAUUGCAAAGUGCACGUCAGUCAGUCAGCAAUUGAAGCGAAUCGAAUCGAAUCGAAUCGAAUUCAAUUGAAUAAAUUCUCAAGUGCUGCCUCCUCCAGAAAUACCAACAAAAUAAGGGAAAAAACAAAACAUCCAAUUCAACCGAUUUAUUAAUGAUUUUUGUUGUUUUUGUUGCGUGCCGGCAUUAAUACAAAAUAGAAAAUAAAUUCAAAAUAAACCAAGAGGAGAAGGGCAAGUCGGGCGGCUGAAUUAAUCAAAUUAAAAGUACUUGGCCGUGCAAUUACGCAGAAUGCCGUUUGCCUUUUAAGUUGCAUAUUGUUCGGCGAUCGGAGGAGAAGUGGGAGCCGUGCGGACUAAAGCAGAGCGGAUUGGACUGAACUGAACUGGACUGGAGUGGAGUGGAGUUGAGAAGCGGAAAGGCGGAAAAGCGCGGAAAAGCGGAAAAACGACGAACGUUAAGCAGGCGAGGUGAGGUGGAGAAGAAGUGCCACUGACAGUGGCAGUAAGUUACGGGCCAAGUUUCGCCGGAGUCGCCUUGUCGCUGGCGCAACUGGCAUAACUCAGAGCUGAUGAAAUAUGGAGCUGCUGCAGGCCCUCUGCUGUACGCUGCUCCUGCUUUUGGCCCGGAUGCAAGUUCUGCUUGCCGUCAGUUGGGAGGAUUGGUGGACAUACGAUGGCAUCUCAGGACCUGCCUUUUGGGGCCUCAUCAAUCCGGAGUGGUCGCUCUGCAACAAGGGUCGUCGCCAAUCGCCGGUCAAUCUGGAACCCCAACGCCUGCUAUUUGAUCCCAACUUGAGGCCCAUGCACAUAGACAAGCACAGGAUAUCCGGAUUGAUCACUAAUACGGGCCACAGCGUCAUCUUUACGGCCGGCAAUGAUACGGUGGCCAACUACGACGGUAUGCAGACGCCAGUGAAUAUAUCGGGCGGACCGUUGUCGUAUCGCUACCGUUUCCACGAGAUCCACAUGCACUACGGAUUGAACGACCAAUUUGGAUCGGAGCACAGUGUCGAGGGCUAUACGUUCCCGGCGGAGAUACAAAUAUUCGGCUACAAUUCCCAGCUGUAUGCAAAUUUCUCAGAUGCCCUCAAUCGCGCCCAGGGCAUCGUCGGUGUCUCCAUUCUGCUGCAGCUUGGAGAUCUCUCGAAUGCGGAGCUGCGCAUGCUCACCGAUCAGCUGGAGCGCAUUCGCUAUGGCGGCGAUGAGGCCUUCGUUAAGCGUCUCUCCAUCCGCGGACUGCUACCGGACACGGAUCACUAUAUGACCUACGAUGGAUCCACAACGGCACCUGCCUGCCACGAAACAGUCACCUGGGUGGUGCUCAACAAGCCCAUCUACAUCACAAAGCAACAGUUGCACGCCCUGCGCCGCCUGAUGCAGGGCAGUCCAGACCACCCGAAAGCGCCCCUGGGCAACAAUUACCGGCCGCCCCAGCCGCUCCUGCACCGGCCCAUUCGCACCAAUAUUGAUUUCAAGACGACGAAGUCGAACGGCAAGGCCGCCUGCCCCACCAUGUACCGCGAGGUCUACUAUAAAGCGACCAGUUGGAAACAGAACUAGAAGUCAGCGACGUGAUGUCGUAACGUAACGUAUCGUAAGCGUAAGCGUAUGACGUAAGUAGCGAGCGGCAUGCAACAGGAGCUUCCACUAAACAUACAUAUAAACAAGGCGAUGCCGAGGGAAAAGGACACGGACCGAAAGGAUUAAGAUGGAAGAGGAAUGGGACAAGGAGUGGGAUAGAGGAUCACAAAGGAAUCAGUGCAGCAGCGGCCAAAGAAUGGCGAUUGGAAUUACACACAUCUAUAAAUAUAAAUAGGCAAAAGAAUAAUAUGGAUAGCGAUUACGAUUACGAUAAUUAGCAUUAAAUGUGCAUUUUUUUUUUGUCUCCCCCUAAACGAAAAUCAAUCAGACCUUGAUUGCAGUCAGAGGUUACUUUUUUUUGUGUGUGCAUAGCGUAAGUACAAUAACGAUUAAAAACAAGAAAAACAACAGCGAUGAAUAGUAAUCAUAAUUACGGACAUAACCAUUAACGUAAUCCAUAAAACCAAAUACUAUUGUAUAUUUUAAGUUAGGCCGGACAACGUGAAAAGAUCAAAAUAAUAUAUACAGCAAGCAUACAAAAUACGAGUAUCGAUAGUUGGCAAAGUGUUAUGGCAGGCAUUAUGCAAAACCCACCCAAAGAACAGACCUUAAAUCCAUACCCAUACCGUUGGAUGUAUGAAAACAUUCUGUUUAUGCCCCCUCUAAAUGUGUAUAGAGCGUACUUUGUGUGUGUGCGUGUGUGUUUGUGGACAUUAGGUAAUAACAUUAACAAUAAUCAAGUGUUAAUCUUUAUGAGAGAGAGUACAUCAAUGCGAAAAAAAAACUACCACAAUGCUAUUAAUUUUUAUUGCACGCGUUGCAUAGCCUGAUAUUUUCAUAUAUUGCCGUUCAUAUUUUAAGAUUUAAUCCUGUACUUUAACAACAUAUUUUUGAUUAUUGAAAAAUAUAAUUAUUUACCUUUGCCUUUUUUUUUUUGUACAUUAACUUAAUGCUUCAGCUUAUUAUUUUAGUGUCUAAAAUCCUACGUAUUUGUUUUCAAAAUUCGAUCAGUAAAACGUGACGAACUACUAAUAUAUUAGCCAAUUUUAUGGGCUUAAAAAGGGUCCCACAGGGCAAUGCAGACAUCCAUUGAGGACUUAAAAUACUUGCGCAUUUAAUUGCAAUUUUAAAAUUAUGAUUUUGGGCAUUUUUAAUACGUAAUCCCGAAGUGGAGGCACCACCAGCGUUGCAGUGUCGCCGCAAACGCGUGCAUUUUGCAUUUUAAAUGCACUUGACCGCAGAGCAUUCACUGUUCCGCCAGUUCCCCACCGGUUUGUGUAACCGGGGACCUUAUCGAGCCAACUCACCCGGCAUCCUGCAUCAUCCUCGAGCACCCAGAUGCCACCCUGCACCACUAUGCACCAACGUGCCCCACCGUGCAACAUCCAAAAACCACCCGGCAAUGUCGGGCUGUCGCUUAUCGAACGGCAAAUGCAACAUGAAACCACAAAAUCUGUUGCGGUUAUUUAAAAUCACGUUUAAAUACGAAAGUGCUGGCUGUCUCUCGCUUCGUUUGGGUUUUUUGGCCAGUAUAAAAAUCAACUUUUUAAUGGCCGAAAGGAAAAUGAUUACGUAUACGCCGCGUGGCCGGGGACAUGGCCGAAAACUGGCCAAAGCUGUACAACUUUUGUGUGUUUUUUUUUUUUUUUUUUUUUUGCUUUAGUAUUGCUGGCUAGCUAUAAAUACCCCUUUUGCAAAAUCACAUAAUAAUUUGUAUAAACAUUUGCAUUAUUUGCACAAGUUGACAUUUUGCAGUUUUGUUUUUGUUCGUCGGCAUUCGACUGAAACUUUUUGAGCUCUUUGUUUCAUUUAGUUGGUUUUCAGUUUAUGCAUUGUUAUUUGAUGUUUUUCUUUUUUUUUAUUUCCAUUUUAUUCUUUACUUUUUUGUUUUGGCUGUGCAUCGAGGGAUUUGCCAAUGGGAAAUUAUGACUUAAAUUAAUACAUGGCAAGUGUAAUUUAUUUGAGUGAAUCAAGCGGCAGCUGCUGCCUCAAACUGAUACCCAGCAUUGUUUUGUGGACACAGUGUCGUUGAUUAGAUUUUUCAAUUAGUACAGCAAAUUUACAAAAAUCGCUUCCAUUUUACCCCGUUCAAAAGACUUAAAACUAAGUAUAGCUUAGUUUUUAAAGUGUCAACCAAAAACCAACUACUUUCCUUCGAUAAUUCGCACACUUUACAUGGUAUUUGCAAAUACCAUCACUAAGCCGCUGCAGUGACCUAAUUAGCCUGGCCAGGGAAUUACGCAGUCCAUCAGUUUAUUUGCAGCAAACUCAAUUCCAACUUUGGCCUGACUUUCAAUCAAUCAAAUGGUUUGGGCGAGGCGGGUCAACUCUGGCCAAACUGAUUUGCGGUGAGUUCUGCACGAUGCAGCAUAGCUGCAGCACAAGUGGGCGUAGAGGCGGGGGGCGUGGCUGACCACUGAAGCUGGACAGAUGGGGCUAACCCGACACAUUUGUAUAUUGACAGGAAACGAGUGAGUGAAUGCAAAGUGCAGGUGUAGCAAUAUUUACUUAUUUCUGGAUUACAUACUGUUAAGCCUCUUAAAUGAAUGCGUCUUUUGAAAUCAGUAAUUUUUAAUCAAAUGCACAUAGUUUACAGGGUAUGCUCACUGUUUCACUGAUGCGAUCUUUCUUAUUCAGCGUGAACUACCAUUUUAUCGCCACCCAAAAAAUUCUGGCUGGAUGAUUUAUGUACGGGUAGAAGUACUUCUUUUUACAUCAUUUCAUUUUCAUGAAUAUGCUGUAUAUGCUAUAUGCGGUAUAUGCGAUUGCAGUUGGCCAUUUCGACUAUUGGCCAUUUUGGUGAUUAUUUUUAAUACAUUGAAAUUGUGGAUGGCAUGGAGCUUCCAUUGGUGUGCAUUUCGGACUCAGAUAAAAGACAACAUCGAUCAUGACAGUCGAGAGGAGGGCAAAACCAUUCGGAGCGGACCUGCAAAUAUUGCAAUUUGACAAAGUGACAAAUUCGCAGUCAUUCAUUUUUCUGUGGAUGUAGUAAGCUUCAAGCAAAUUAGGCUGCCGACUAUGUAGUGCCCUGUAAAAAUAUUUAUAUAAAUUACUAAUUAGCUAUAUGUGUUUUAUUUUGUUAGUAAUAAUUGGUUUUUAUGCGCAUUAUCUUAUAUUUACAUAUGCAUAGCUCAACGUGUUAGUAGAUAUAACUAGAAAAAAAAGAAUAUUUUUAUGAAUUGGCAAAUUUCACUAUUUACUGUUAUCAGUUUUUUUUUUCCUAUUCCCAGAAAUGCUGAGCAUAAAAAAGGUGUAAAGUGUUGCAAUAUUUUUAUGAGCAGCCAUCAAGCGAUUGGAAAUUGCAGUGUCAGCCGAUUAAGGCAGCAAAUACGAUGAAUGGGAAAGUGAGCUAGUGAUGUAAUAAUAUUGUAUGAGAAAAGAUAUAUAUCUAUCUAUAGUUAGUUCCCAACAGAUCAGAUUUCCUUGAGGCAUAUUACCAUAUCUCGUUGUUGUGUUUAAAAACUCGAAAUCCAACCGGCAGAUGAGCAAGGCCAAACCACUUUUCCGACCAGUUAUGCAAAUGGCCCCAAGUACAGGGGGUGGUCAAAACCCCAAUCGCAAUACCAAUCCCAAUCCGCAGUCCAAUCCCCAACACAACCAAUCCCCAGACCCAUUUGAACCUUAAAUAACACAGCCCAACCCCACUUUCCUUUGGGGCUAUCGCUGCUGUCCACACAAGACUAAUUAAAUUAUGGAAAUUAAAUUGAAUCGAGCAUAUUUGUUGUUUGCAGUUCAUAAAUUUGCGCUGCUAAAAUGUCCGGAGCAGCUAAUGUUUCGCCCCUUCGGCCGUGACGCCAUGUAAAUCAUUUCACAAUAAAACGCACAGCGCAGCAGCAGCAGCAACAUGCAGCAGCAACAACAACACCAGCAACACACUUAAUUAUGACAUCAUUAAUUUUUAAUAAUGACAAUUUUGCGACAAUAAAUCACUUAACUAACACAAAUGCGCCAGAGCAGCAAUAUGCAUGAAAUUAGUAAACUUUAAACAAUGCGCGUGUGAUUGAGAGUGAGUGUGCGUUUGUGUGUGCGUGUGUGUGGGUGUAAGUGUCCGGAUGGGGGCAUCAAUGGGUUAUGUUGGGCUGGAUAAGCAAAUAAACAGAUAGACUGUCCCCAUUGCCUUGUCCUGGCAUUGAGUGAUGCCAGGCCAACAGGAGGUUGUUGCCGCUGGGCAGCGAUGUUGCUGCGUGGCAGCAGCGGCAGCAACUGCAGAUGCAACAGCAAUUGCGAGUGCGAGUGUCGUGCAUGGGAUGAAUUUAAUUAAUCUCGCUACCGUCAGUUGCACACAAUUGCAAUUAACUUGCAACACUCGCAUAAUUACAGGCGACCUCAUGUUUUGCUACUUAUCAGCAUCAACAUUGACCCAACGACAGCAACAUCCAGCUGCAAUCGCUGGCAAUUGUGAUGGUAGUCGCUGAUACCCUGUAGUAGUAAGCGGAGUAGCUACAGUCUCUAGUUUAUUAGGCAUACGCAAAACAGAAUCGGCUUGAUAAAAUAUAAUAAUAGCAUAACAAUCAAAAUAUCUCGGAGGUGCCACUUGAAUGCCUAUUGUAUGCUUAAAGUUAUAACCAUUUUCGUUGGCCAUUAAAUAACCAACUCACAUAAAAUUUCCACUUUAAAUGCCUAGAAAUAUGCAAUGGUAUUUUGUAGAUGGCUUAACGUGAAGUACUUUUCUGAACUCUUCAAUGAUUUUGAAAACAGUCUUUCAAUUAGAAAAAUUACUUAUAUGCAUCAUAAUUUUUUUUCGAUUUUCCUCAGUCGCUUAUACCCUCUUUUUUUUACUUUCCCAAAAGGGGCAUAACGAGCGACAAGCUUGCCCUGACACAUGGUCGACUCUCAAUCUCUCCCUCUCUCUCUGUCUGCCUGUCCAUCUGUCUCUGUCCAUCCAUCCAUGUGUAUGUGUAUGUGGGUGGCUGAGUAUGUGAUUGUGUGAGUGUGUGUGUGGGCAGUGGUUGGCUCAUUGGUCAUUUGGUUGCAGCUCGGUUGGUGUUAGCGGUUGCUCGUCAUCGUCAUCAUCAAACUGCUGUUGUUGUUAUUGCUGCCGUUCGGCGACUGAUUGCAAAUGUUGUUGCAGUUGUUGUUGUUGUUGUUGCUGCUGCUGCUGCUGUUUGUUAAUGCCUGUAGAGCACAAAGCUGCUGCCUUGUGGUCAAGUGAGGCACCUGCCGCAAUGCCACCACCCCAUUACCAACCAUCCGCUGCCAUCCGCCUGCCACCCACCACCCACCACCAAUCGCAUCGCCAACCGCCCGCCAAUGUCACUGCAAAUUAACAUUUUGUAACGCGUUUCGGUUGCUGCCGUGUUUUCAUUUCACACUUUGGGCAUUUGUCCACGUGAGUGUGUGUGUAUUUGUGUGAGACAUGCAUUUGACACAGGAACUGGACAAGGCAAUUGCCCAGGAAACACCGCCCACCACCCACCACCCAUUCUGUGGCAAAUUUGUUGUAUUUGCGCCUGAUUGCCAAAUCAAAUAUUUGGCAUACACGGCAACAAAAUGCCAAGCUAAUGAAGGCAGACCAUAGGAAUUCAAGUCCAUACAAUUCGUAUAAUUAAAGUGAUUAAAGAGAGAGAUACAAUCAGCAGUCAGUCAGUCUAAAGCUAUUCUAUAUCUUCAUAGAUUUUGGUUAAAUUUUAAUUUAUUAAUAAUGCUUACAACCUACAAUCUACUGUGUAGUCUAGAGCAAAGGUCAGUAAACAGAGGCUCAACGGAAAAGUGUAUAAAGAGUUUGGCUUCCAUUUCACACGUUAAUAAAUAAUAGACUUUCGAAAGGAGCGAAUUUGGGGAAAAAAAAAACUGUUUAAUUUGCACAAACAAAUUUUGUUCGAGUUGUGCUCACAGCUCGCUGAUUGUUGGGCAAAUUUUUGUUGAUUUCUUGUUUACUCAUGGAUCCCGAAACUAACCAGCAGCACACCCACAUCCACACACAAACACACCAAACGAGCCGGAAAAGAAUUAAUUUGGGUCAAGCACCCCAAUAAACAAUGAUAAGCUAUCCAACUAGACGAUAUCCUAAUGUAACUAGGCAGAAAGGCACACAUAUAUUCGCUGUAAGAUUUAUGUAUGUAUAAUGAACAAUGAAGCAACAAAAAUAGUUCACUUAGCGGCGUAGUAAUGUAAAUUUUUUUGGAGCAGCAGAAACUCCACCGAAUAAUCCUAUAUAUAGUAACAUAUAGCGUAAUUAAACCAAUACGAAUAUGAUAUAUAUUCAUCACAUAGUGAAAACCAAACUAAAUGCUUUGUAUGUUUAACGAAUUAAGUAGCGAAACCAAGGCGAACACCAAGUGUGUAGUGUAAAAAAAGGACAGCAAAAUAUUAUAGCAAAAGGAUAUAUAUACAUAUAUAUAUAUAUAGAUAUAUGUAACUCCCAGAAAUCAGCUUGCCCCAUUGUUGUGUGUUGAAAUCCCUCGAAUAUAGUGCUAUAUACUGACAUGUGUAAAAAGAUUUGCAGGCCACAAAUUAUAUAUAAUUAUAUACAUACAUCCCUAAAGCGAUAUAUAUAUCUGAGUAU